GCUAUAACUGGUUACAUGGUUUUUCGAGAUAACGGCUGCUGCUACUUCUGCUAUUAUUUAUUUGAUAUGUUGUAGUUCGUACAGCCCAUUCAUCUCUGAGUUUUUAGGUAGCCCCAGGUGGUGCUGCGUGGCUCGUUUGCGGUGCUGUUCAGCGGAGUGGUCGAAACAGUUUGUUGUCUCGGCCUGGCUCGCCACUCCAAAGACGCUAAUAAAUAGCACACAGCCAUUCUAUUCCGCAACAAGCCAAACCUUCUGAAUGGACAGGUGUCCUUCAAAACCUUCUGAAUGAACCAGUGUCCUUCGCCCUGCUAUUUAUCAAUCUUUUUCUUCCCCGAGUAACUAGCUUGCCAGGAGAAGCAAGCUGUCGACUACGGAUCGACUAUACCCCAGCCAUAUCCUACACAACCAAGCGCAAGAACGCAUCAACGAUAGACAAACUCACCAGCUGUAGUCUGCCCAGCAUGACGGAGCCCGUCUUGAAAGCGAUGCCCCUGACCGCACUCGACCACACAGCUCCCCAGGGCUACAUUACCUUGAUCCUCGGCUUCCCCUUUUCUGGCACAGGACACGAGACGAAUGCUAUGAACCAUGUGUACGAGCGACUGAGACAGACUUUCCGCCGCUGGCCCUUUCUUGCCGGCUACCUAGUCGGCAACAACAAGUUCAGCACAACCGGGCUCGCUUACUCGGUAGACGGUGGGGAUGUUUAUGUCGCAUGGGGACUGGCACUCGAGAGGCAAAAUCUCCGUUCGUCGCCUGACCAGUUUCAGUGGAGCUUCCAGGACCUCCUGGAGCACGGCUGCCCUCCAUCGGCAUUCGAACAAGAGCUGCUGUGUUUGAUACCGAAGGAGAACUUGAGACCCGUCACUCUGAAGAUCUCGUUUAUCAACGGCGGCCUGCUCCUCGGCUUCGCGUUCCACCACGGAUUCGUGGACGGCACCGCAGCCGCCCAGUUCCUCGAGUACUUCGCCAGCACCAAACCCCAAGCCCGCGUCGACGGCUCCUCCCUGAGCAGCAUGCGCUCCCACAGAGCCGCCUUCACGCAGACCUGCCGCGCCAUGCCCGAAUACGACUUCGACCUCCGCCGGCCCGUCAACAAGCCCUCCCCGACCGCGCCGCCCGCCGAGGGCCGCAUCCUCACGCUCGCGGCACCCACCGUCCGCGCCCUGCACGCCCAGGCCGUCGCGCACCUGCGCAGCUAUCUCUACAACCCCGGCCUCUUCGUCACCAUCCCGGACCUGCUCUGCGGCAUGGGCGUGCCCGGCGACAUUCCCGACGACUACAUGGGCAACAUGUGGGUGCGGGUGCUCGCGAGCGCUUCUGUCAGAGACCUCGUCGACAUCGCCCUGCCACCGCCAGCAGCAGCAGCACCGCCAGCAGCGGCAGCGGCAGCGGCAGCGGCAGCACUAGCACCAGCAGCAGCAGCACCAGCAGCAGCAGCACCAACUACCAGCGAACCUCGACCACGAACCGCGUUCGCCAAGGCCGCGACGCACGCGCACUACGCUAACGCGGCGUGGCGCAUCCGGCAGGCCAUCUCCGCGCUCGACGGCGACAACAACACGGCCCUGGCGCGCUACCUCGCCCGCCACGUCGUGCUACGGCGCCGCGCCAUCGACCGCGCGCACACGGGGCUCGACGCGUCCAUGUGGCUGGGCUUCGGCGCUGGCUUGGCGUACGGCAUUCCUGGGACGGGACCCGAGGGGACGCCGGCGUUCGUGCGCAAGCCGUAUUCUGCGAAUAACGGCGCCAUGAACCUCAUGCCGCGCGCCGGCGGGUCGCAGGGCGGUGCGGAUUGGGAGGUCUUGUUCGCGCUGCGGGCGGAUGAUAUGGCGGCGCUGUGUGCGCUGGAUGGGAUGGGCGCGUGGCUGUGCAGGCCGCCAACGCAGGGGCUUUGA